AUGUCACAGCACGGCGUCACUAACAAGACUUUACUGUGGCGAGGCCGAGCGCAGACUGAGGAGCGAAACGCGUCGAGCGGGUGCUUACGACGUUUCGUAUCGCUCGGCCGACCUGCUUCGCCUUUCAGAACACAGUAUUUGGAUUCUCCGUUCUUAGCGCAGCCCACCUGCGCUCAGCGUUUUGCUUCCACGAAAAACAAAAAGUUAUUCUCACCAGCGGAGCCUUCGGAUAAAGCACUAACUUUUCUGUCACUAACACUAUCUAUGGCCAGUAUCUGCUGA